ACUCUGCUCUGUCCUUUCACUCAGGUAGUGGGUGCAGCAAGCAGGAUUCACGCCCAUGAUUCAGACUCCCACGACAGGGAGAGUGACAUCAUCCGAGGGUAAACACACUCUCUGUCGUUAGGUAGGGAGAGGUGGAGGAAAGAAAGAAGGAAACAAAACUCCACCUGGUCGUCUCUAUACACUCACCUCACCUGGGUUACUUCGUCAGAGGAGACUUUCUCAAACAACACACCUGCUGGGUCCUAGAAGGAAUAUACUUGUACUAUUGAACUGAACUUUGAGAAGAUAGAGGGAAGCACAAGAUCAAAUUGGCAAGGUCUACAGGACAUGAUAGGUACCCUCUACUGAGAAGGAUUCUAAGACUCGGCUUUGUCUCAGUUCAUCUCAGAAGUGAACCAAAGGACAUCUCAACAGGACCUGGUAAGAUGCCACUGACGACGUCUCUGUACCGUAAGCCAGCCUCUGCCCGCUGGUCCAGAAGGACACAGAAGCGCAGGGAGGUGCUCUCUGUCAACAUGAUCAGCCUCCCAUUGGCCGACUUCCGCCAUGUUUCCCACAUCGGGAACAACGACCACAGCGACAGCUUCGGGGACCUGUCCUUUCUGAAGAGGGGCAACAGCCUGGUGCUGCAGAGCUCUCAGAGUGAGCAGAACCUCUUGCUGGCCUGCUACCCUCCACCCAAACCCUUACGCCUUAACCUGGACGAGGCCGAGGCCACGGAGAGCCCCGAGUGGACCAGGGCCCACAUGAGCCACAGUGCCUCAGAGAGGAGGAAGAAGUGCAGCUCCUUGCCCUUGCUGGACAGCGAGGAGGGUGAGGGGAAUGGGGAGAUGGAAGGCAGUGUUAGCCCCAGCCACAGGGUCAUGGUCAGCAGCCCCAGUCCUGGCCGGGGCAGCCUGAGUUCUGGCCGGGAUGGAGACUCCACUCAGACCUGCUCUGAGGACACGCAGCAGCUGGAUGAGGUGGACAACAGCUUCUCCUUCAGCCUGGACCUGGGCCCAUCCAUCCUGGAUGACGUGCUGCAGGUCAUGGACAGGCUCCACUAUUAGAGGAACAGCCAGACUGACAUGGGUCCUCAGCAAAAGACUUUACUAACGUCAUCAUUGUGACUGUCAUUAGACGAUGAACGGCUGACAUAAAAUAGAGUACGGUUACAUGCACACAAUAUGAUUAUUGUGAAUAGUCAGAUUAAUAUAAUAGUUCAAAUAAACGUUUACAUGCUUUGCAAGAAGAACAAUUUCCCUAAUAAUACUGUUGACAGACCCAUCUGAAAUCAGGCUAUUUGAUGGGCCUUUAAUAAACGCAGAAAAUCACCAAUCAAAAUAAACGUUCUGCCACAGCGACCAUGUUAUAUUUGUGAAGCGUAUUUGAUUCUGAGUUUAUACGUGAAAACUAUUUCUAAUAGUUUCUUCAGUUUUUCCCGGAGUCACUUCACUCGCGCAAAAGAAGGAAGCUCGUGCUGGCA